CUCUCUCUCUCUGAUGAAGAGGCGACGUGUACUGCGUCGCGAACUCUCUCUCUCUCUCUCAGCACUACCUACUUCGACACUGUCCCACCAGGUCGCGCGUCAAAGGAAGGAUCGGCGCAAUCAUUUCCCGGCCUGCGGUCCCAACCGUCUAGUGUGUGCUGUACUCUGCCUGACCAUUGGAGUACUGCCUAUUACCUUUGACCAUACUCGGCGGAACGACCAACCUUCUUGCCUGCAACACCAACAUAAUCCAUUCAUCAUCCUCAUACAGCGCUCCGCCACGCACCGAGCACCACCAUGCCGCUGUGCGGAGGCAGCAAGACGGUCCAGCGCAAGCUGGUGCUGCUAGGCGACGGCGCAUGCGGAAAGACGAGUCUGCUUAAUGUCUUUACGAGAGGUUACUUCCCCACGGUUUAUGAGCCCACCGUAUUCGAGAAUUACGUCCACGAUAUAUUCAUCGAUAAUGUACACGUCGAGUUAUCCCUCUGGGACACAGCCGGGCAAGAAGAAUUCGACCGCCUGCGAUCGCUCUCAUACGACGACACACACUGCAUCAUGCUAUGCUUUUCCGUAGACUCGCCCGACUCGCUGGAGAACGUAGAGAGCAAAUGGGUGGGGGAGAUUGCGGAUAACUGCCCGGGUGUGAAGCUGGUGCUGGUGGCAUUGAAAUGCGAUCUCCGAGAAGAAGACGAGAGUGACCUGCGAGAGGCUGGUGGCAAGGAGCCGAUUGCGUAUGACAAGGGUCUCGCAGCUGCCGAAAGAGUCAAGGCCUUGCGAUACUUGGAAUGUUCGGCCAUGAAGAAUCGCGGAGUGAACGAGGCUUUCACCGAAGCCGCUCGUGUUGCCUUGCAAGUGAAGGGAGUGAAGGGGGAUAGUCCUGUACAGAAUUGUUCUCUAAUGUAGCGUUUUUUGUUUUUUGCAAUUUCUUGAUCACAACUUAACUUCAUGUCUGCAUCUACUUGCCACUUUGGCGUUUUCAGGAGGGACGGAGAGGCACAUUCUCGCAGCAUCUUGAUACUGGAUUAAUACAGCCGGCUGCCCUUCAAGAUGGCGGUCAAAUGACAUCCAUUCAAUCAGUGUGUCUCCGGAUUCCCACAAGUCUUAAAGCCACUAAUACAUGGGCGAGGUACUUACCAUCAAAUCUCCAUG